AUGUUAGGUGCCAUACUUCGCGAGCGCGAAGAUGCUCACAUCGCCGCGGCCAUGCAAUAUGCAGUGGAAUGGCUCAAUCAGAGAGCGAUUUACGGACAGCUCGACAUGGUCAUCGAGUACAUCGAGGUGCUCGACCACUACGAUGCUGUUCUUAAAGCCUGUUCUCUAUUCGAACGUGAUCAAGUCGUGGCCCUCAUCGGCUCCUCCCACGCCAUGCUUAACGCUCAGCUCGAGAGGCUAGCUGCACAGAUGGACAUUCCUAUCCUGACGGCAAUCGACGAUUUGGGUGUAAACGCGGCUUCGAACGCAAUAGUCGACCUCUUCCGGCGCUGGCGCUGGAACCGGAUCACGAUCGUUUACGAGGAGGACGAGAGAAUUCGGCGAAUCGAACCGUUGCUAGAGGAUGACGCGUACUCAUCGAUAAGAUUUCGGCUUGUCAAAGUGCAAAAUAAGGACUAUAUGAAGGCAGCGAGGGAUGUCAAAGAGCUCGAGGAGUGCAGCUUCUACCAGCGGAAGGACUGCUCGGAGUUUAGCCGGGUACUGCUCGACCUUGACCCCGAGCAUGCGUACAAUUUCCUGUUGGCUGGGCUGCAGAUGGGACUGAUCGACCUGAAGCAUUGGUUCUUGUUGACCUCAAUGGAGCUUGCCACGAUGGACAUGGACUAUUUCCGGAACAACCAUGCCCGCUAUAUCUCGCCCCAUCCGGUCGAUCCGGUUUUCCUGAAGGAGAAGGAGCACGUCUUCAACAUGACGCAUUUCCGGAAUCACAUCAGGGAUCAUUGGAAUGCGAAGACCGGGUUUAGCCGGAAUUUGAGAAUGACGGAAGCCACCUUCACUUUCGACGCCAUCUACGCUUUCGCGAACGCGACGAUGCUGGUCGGCCAUUCGCAGCAGCUCGACGACUUGCCCAUGACAGCCUGCCGAAAGCCAGGACGAGAGGCGAGGAAAUAUCAGCACGGCCGGACCAUUAUCGACGCCAUUUUGAACAAUAGUCUUCGCGGAAUCUCUGGAGACCUUCGUCGCGUGGGACAUCCGAUGAAGAGCGACUUUUCGAUGCGGAUCUUGCUGCUAGGAUACAGCGGACGGCUGGAUGAUAUCGGCUUCUGGGAGCCGAAAACCGAUGUUCACGUCAAUAUGAGCGGCGACUCUCGUGCUCAGCUCCAGAAAAACGUGCAGGUCUCCGACGAGCUAAAGCCCCAUUUCCGGGUGACGACUAUUGAGGAACGUCCCUACGUGAUGUUGAAGAAGAACCACUUCGAGCUGGAUGCUAAUCAGAAAUUCGAGGGAUUUUGUAUCGACUUGUUGACGGAAUUGUCGAGGGACUUGGGCUUCACCUACGCCGUCCACAAAGUCAAAGACGGACGCUAUGGAAAUGACGUCUAUGGUAAUGGAACUUGGGACGGGAUGAUUGGCGAGAUUUUGAGAGGGGAAGCCGAAAUGGCGGUCGCUCCCUUGACCGUGAAUUUCAAGCGGGCCGAGCAGGUCGACUUCACCAAGCCAUUUUUAUCGUUGGGGAUUUCGAUAUUGUUUAAGGUCCCCGACGACCAGCAGCCGGACCUUUUCUCCUUCCUCAACCCGUUGUCCUGGGAGAUUUGGCUGGCAAUUCUUACGGCCAUAGCCGGGGUUACGGUGGGGAUGUUUAUGGUGGCCCGGAUCACGCCGUACGAAUGGAAUUUGAAUUUCUCGUGCUGUACAGCCCAUCAACCCCACCCGGGCGCCACUUUCAAUGCUGAUUCGGAACCACUGCAAUUGAGCAACAACUACUCGUUCUGGAAUACGUUAUGGUAUGUCACCAGCACAAUGUUAAAAGGCGGAUGUGAUUUUGGACCUCGUGCUGUUUCUACCAGACUUUUGGGAGGCACCUGGUGGGUGUUCACCCUGGUCAUCAUCUCCGCCUACACCGCCAACCUGGCUGCCGUGCUUACCGUAUCCAGGCCGUUUAUUCCGAUUAAGAACCUGGAUGAUCUGGCGAACCAGACGACAAUCUCUUACGGCACAAUCAAGGGUGGCAGUACCAUGCAAUUCUUCCAGGAAUCCCGCAUCGGCUCCCACGUCAAAAUGUGGGAAUACAUGAAGGACAAGGAUGUCUUUGUCAAAACCAACCAACUUGGCGUGGAAAAAGCGCUACAAGGCAACUAUGCGUUUUUGAUGGAAUCGACGAGUCUCGAGUACGAGGUACAACAGAACUGCAAUCUGACGCAAAUCGGCGGUGUGCUCGGAUCGAAGGGAUAUGGGAUUGCGCUGCAGAAAAAAUCCGAAUGGACCGAUCGAAUAUCCCGACAAAUAUUGCUGUAUGCGAAGCGUGGUAUUAUCGAGAUGAAGAAGACGAAAUGGUGGAGGAGCAAAGGCGCCUCUUGCCAGGGCGGGGGUGCGGUGAAGCAGCAGCGCUUCUCCUUGUCACUCCAUAACGUUGCCGGGCUCUUCAUUAUUUUAAUUGCUGGAUUGUUAUUUGGGCUGUUCACCGUCAUCAUCGAAUUAUUGAUCCGCAGCCGGCAGAUGGCGGCUAAAGAUAAGAGGCCCCUAACGACGGAAAUCCGGGACGAAUUGAAAUUUGCGUUAAAUAUGAACAAGCCCGAAGAGCACCGAUCGCGCCAGAAGACGACCAAGCACACGGACGAGCCGAAUGGGCAGUUGAACGGGAAA